CUUUCGCGUCUCAUUCUAUAUUUAUAUAAAUGUUCUCGUAAAACUGGAAAUUAGAAACUUCUCAACCAUUUAGUUUCAUGUAUAUAUAUGAAAUAGUGGUGUCAUUAUGACUUUCGGUGAUAUUUAAAUAAAAAUAAAAUUCACAAGUUUUUCAGACAUAUGAAGAAAGAGAACCAUAUCGAUGGCAUCAGUAGCCAGUCCCACAGUUGAUAAGGAAAAUGAACAAAACUACAUACGGCUAAAUCUGUUGGUUGUAAAGCUUUCAAGUUUUGUACUAAAGGCCAGAUUUGAUCAUACUGUUCCGCCAGCACAACUCCAUCACCAGUUGAACAAAUUCAUCGGCACAAUUAACUACGGCAAGAAUAAGAAAAUCAUAAACCAAAAGCAAUAUGAUCUACUGUUUCCACAGAAUGCUCCUCCAACUUCUGACAAAUUCGAUAUAACUUUGCUAGUAUAUUUGUUGAAGCAUAUUUGUGGGCUUGAUGGAAAAUGUAAAUGGUGGAAAGAAAAGGACAACAGCAAGAUACCAGAUACUGUUGUAGAAGAAAUUGCAGAUAUUGUUAGAAUUCGAAAUAUACGAAAUGAGAUUCAACAUUUACAAAAAGCAUCCAUUGAUCAAAAAGAUUUUGAAGAAAAAUGGGACAUAAACGAAAAGGCGAUGUUGCGACUAGGUGCGAUUUGCAAUCUGCCAGGUUUGAUGAGCGAAAUAGACACAGUGAAGAAUCAGCCAUUCGAAACCGUGAAGGAGAAGGUUAUAGUUAUCAUGCAGUCGCAUGGAUUAGAAGACGACUUUGGAGAUUUUGAUGACUACGAGGAUAGAUACGAUGACGUUUAUGGUGACUAUGAUGACUAUGAAGAUGACAGAUACGAUGACUUGGGCAAUGAUUACGAUGAUUAUGAUGAUCACGCAAAUGAAUGUGAUAUUUACGGUGACGAAGAUGACCAUUAUGACAAGUAUGAGGAUCUCGGAGAUUGGGAUUAUGAUCAUGAUAAUCAGUAUGACGGAAAUGAUUACUAUGAUGAGUGGUAGGAUAGUAAAAAGACGACCGGGACUUACCUCAGAUUAGACUGAUGUUCCCUGUGAUGUGUUAAAUUAUAUUCAUAGCUAACAUUUCUUUUAAGGUGUUGAAGUUCCAUUAUUUCUCAAAAUAAAAUAAAAAAACAUAGUGCAUAGAAUUAAUGUCCGAUCGUGUGUACAUGAUUGUUUCAGAAGUCCUGUUCAAACUGCGCAACAAUAGUUUGACUACCCACUAUUUAACAAUUCUGGUAGUUUCAUACAGACUUGUGUUUAUUUUUAUUUUGCCGAGCCGAUUUCCGUCAAGUACCGAUUGCCUUCGUGACGCGGACGUUAAUUUAUGCAAAUGAAAAGUGCGUACCCAAUAUUGAUGACUUAGUAAACACUCGUAAACAGAAGAAAAUGUCGUCAGUAAGUUGCAUCAUGAUAGUUAACAACAUGCCGCAUAAGGGUUUGACUUAUCAUCAGUAGUUAUAAUAAAAAUACUCACUCUAAAAGUCAACUUCCGCGGUGGCCGAGAGAGCUAAGGCGCUAUAAGGCUGACACUGUUUUUGUCAGUGCUGCGGGUUCGCUCUCAGCUGUAGAUAUUCUUUUUUUUUUUAAUUUUUAAAUCAUUUUCAUAUUCUUUUAACGAUAUAAUCUCAAGAAUAAAAAAUCAUAAAAAAAAAAAAGAAAAAGAAAAUAAAAGAUUGUCCUCAGCAGGGAGCGAACCCGCGGCCCUGACUAAAACAGAGUUUUCUAAACCAGCGCCUUAGAUCUCUCGGCCACUGCGGCAGUUGACUUUUAUAGUGAGUAUUUUUAUUAUAACCACUGAUGAUAUCGUCUGUGUCCAGGCUCUGUUGGUAAAUUUCUGUGCGCAACAUCAAGCUCGGAUCUAUUCUCGUAUUCCUUGGACAAGCAAUUUGUGUUGAAACGCUCGUAGUAAAUUGUUUUUCGGGUUUUUUUGGUGUGUGCAGAGCUUCCAUCUUGAAUUUUUUUUGCGAAUGACGUCAUUCAAUUAUGCGAUCUUCCGAGUUAUUACGAACUGUCAUCGGGAAGUCCCGCCGAUUAAAUAUGUAAACACUGGCAGUAUUUUGUCAUCCACACAGAAUACUAAACGGCGUUUUGCGGCGAUUAUUUUGCGAAGGAUAAAGUGUCAACAUAGACCAAAUAUAUGCUGUUUCUGUACCAUUUAGGGAGCUCUACAAUCUGACAAUGUUUCGUGGUCUUCUUUCUAAGGAAAAUAAUGCUAUUUCAGAGUAAACAUGGGACUUUAAAUAACUACAAAAUGAUGCAAUGAGAGGUCUUCAAACAUCUGAUAAAAGUAACAAAUUUGACUUCAAAACGUAAUCCUUUUCUGUUUCAUUGUAUCUCAACAGACUCGUACCUUAAAGUGUUGUAUUUUAUAUAGCAGAACCAUAUCUUAAUAAAUAGUAUCUAAACAAUACGAAGAGGUUAUACGCUUGUGGAAUAUUUUCACAAGGGUACGUGUCGCCCGACGAAUCAUUACACGCGGCAUAUAACCUUUGUAGUGUUAACAUAUAUAAAACAUUGUCCUGAUAUAUUUUAUUUCGAUUCUAAUAUGUCUUUUAUGUUGACAAAUAAAUGAAAUAUAGAAGCAUUUUCAUGGCGCAUGUAUGGCGCCAAAUAUUAAAGGUCGGCAUGACGAUAACGUGCAACUGUGUUUCAAUAGUAUUAGACAUCUAGUGAAUUAUUUUGGACGCCUAACAAUCGGUUCAGAGAGUGUAAAUUAAGUAUAACACCAUUCUGCUAUAUAAUUUUAAUUUUGAAACGUCUUUAAGAUAAAAUAGUCGACUACCUGUGGUAGCACUUAUUCUCGGCGCCUGUACAAUACUAGGUUAAAUAAUUAUACGUUCAUUAAACAUAGAUUCA